UUUUUUGGCCAUGAUUCACUUGUAUUUUAGCCCAACCCUACAUGGCUUGCAUGGCAGGGAGAGUUGUGUUAUGGAGUUCUUGGUAGGGUGUUAUGCUUUCAUUGUGCUUGACUUAUGGUUCCUAGUGCUUAUGGUAUCUUGCAAUCCUAUAUUUCUCAAGGGGAGUUCAAAUACUUCAGCAUUUCCAAGCAAUUUUCUCUUUGGAACUGCCUCUUCUUCUUAUCAGUUUGAAGGAGCUUACUUGAGUCAUGGCAAAGGCCUCAGCAACUGGGAUGUUUUUACUCAUAAGCCUGGUACCAUCAUGGAUGGAACUAAUGGAGAUGUUGCUGUUGAUCAUUACCAUCGAUAUCCGGAAGAUCUGGAUCUCACGGAGUAUAUUGGAGUCAAUAGCUAUCGUUUCUCCAUAUCAUGGGCAAGAAUCCUACCAAAGGGAAGAUUUGGAACUGCGAAUAGGGCUGGAAUCAAUCAUUAUAACAAGUUCAUCAACGAGCUUCUGCGUAGAGGUAUCCAACCAUUUGUGACUUUGACUCACUAUGACAUUCCUCAGGAACUUGAAGACAGAUAUGGAGCUUGGCUAAGUCCUGAAAUACAGGAGGAUUUCAAAUAUUAUGCAGAUAUAUGUUUCAAAUCCUUUGGAGACAGAGUGAAAUACUGGACCACAUUCAAUGAGCCCAAUGUUGCAGCAAGUCGCGGUUACAGAUCUGGAAUUUUCCCACCAUCUCGCUGCUCUGGGACAUUUGGAUACUGUAGCAGUGGAGAUUCAGAGAGAGAGCCUUUUAUUGCUGCACAUAACAUGAUCCUAUCCCAUGCAGCCGCAGUCAAUGUUUACAGAACUAAAUAUCAGAAAAAGCAAGGUGGAAGUAUUGGAAUUGUUAUGAAUGCCAUAUGGCAUGAACCCAUCAGUGAUUCUUUGGAAGACAAACUAGCAGUCGAGAGAGCUAACGCUUUCUAUAUGAACUGGUUCUUGGACCCAAUUAUACUUGGGAAAUAUCCAACACAAAUGCGUGAAAUUCUAGGAUCUGAUUUACCUGUAUUUUCAAAGUACGAACUGGAGAAGCUGAAGAGUGGAGCGGACUUUAUUGGCAUCAAUCAAUAUACUGGUUUCUAUGUGAAGGACUGCGCGUUUUCUACAUGUGAACAAGGACCAGGAGUCUCCAAGACAGAAGGUCUCUAUUUGAGGACUGCACAGAAGGAUGGUUUCUUCAUUGGUCAACCUACCGCACUUGACUGGCUACAUGUUUAUCCUCAAGGAAUGGAAAAAUUAGUGACCUAUUUUAAAGACAGAUACAACAACAUACCGAUGUACAUUACAGAAAACGGGUAUUGCGAGGAGGAAAACGUCAAUGUCACAACUAAAGCUGUAUUGAAAGAUAUUCAGAGAGUGGAGUACAUGAGCAGCUAUUUGGAUGCCCUGGAAACGGCUGUGAGGAAAGGAGCAGAUGUUCGAGGGUACUUUGCAUGGUCAUUGCUUGACAAUUUUGAGUGGACAUCUGGAUAUACCAUAAGGUUUGGGCUUUACCAUGUCGAUUUUUCCACUCUCAAGAGAACUCGAAAACUAUCGGCAACUUGGUACAAAGAUUACAUUGCUCACCACAAGGUUGUCAGAACUAGCACCUGAGCAUAAUCAAGAAUCUUAGUAGUUAGUAUUUCACAUCCAGGUUGAAUGCUAAUUGGGUUUGGCUUCACUAGAUAUUGCACGAAGAAUUCGAUGUCUCCCUGUCAAGGUUUUGUGGUGCAGUUUGUGAAAAUUUGGUGAUUUUUCAGAGGCAUUUUCUAUCUGUUUUUAAUUGCUAUCAAAUUGUAACAUUUUGCGAAAAAAGGUGUAAUAAUCUGAUGGGUGUAAUGUGAAUAGUUUUGAAUGGCAUCCAUCUUAUAUGUUGAAAGGAAAUAAAUUGAUCAGGCAGUUUCUUCUGAAA